AGUGCCUGUAGUGGUGCUGUGAGGAGUCUGCUGUGGAUCCAACAAAAAUCCUCAGCAGCCUACCUACGGCUUGUAAUUUGCUCUGGAUAGCAUAUAUUUACAUGCAUCCUUAUUUCUAGAUAUUCCGAGCUCGAUGAAGAUCACUAUUACUUACCUAUCUCGAAUAUCGAUACACAAAUAGCCUAGCUGAUCCUAGGAGUCUUUUCGGCCGUCUAACUGGAGCGAAUACCGUACACAGCCCAUACCAGUUCAAGCUGAUGUUGUCACGAACAAGAGUAACGUGAUGUAUGAAGGCAAACACAUACACUUCUCAGAGGUGGACAAUAAGCCGUUGUGCUCAUACAGCCCAAAGCUCUGCAAGCAGCGCAGACUAAAUGGCUAUGCUUUCUGUAUCCGACACGUUCUGGAGGAUAAGACAGCCCCCUUCAAGCAAUGUGAAUAUGUGGCCAAGUACAACAGUCAGAGGUGUACCAACCCCAUCCCUAAGUCUGAGGACCGCAGAUACUGUAACAGUCACCUGCAGGUUCUGGGCUUUAUCCCAAAGAAGGAACGGAAAAAGAAGCAUGAUGCUUUGGAGGAUAUGCGCUCACGGGCUCACCUGGAGUCAGUUGCUCUCAACAUAACUGUGCCCUCUUUAGCUCUGAAAGCCCCAAAUGGUUUAGAUGAACUCCCACCAUCUCCCCCUUGUACACGCCUGUUACCCCUCCCUGAUGGGGAACUCCUGGACCCUUUUGCCUUUUACGAGGAUGACACAGACGGUGAGGAGGUGGGAACUCCUCGGAAGGCCAACGUCAUCAAGAAGAAGCUGCAGAAUCGUCUGGUGCUUAACCAGAAGCUCUGCCAUGACACGGACCUCUUCCAACCACCCCCUGAGCACUUUAGUCCCUCACCUGUCUCCCGCGUUCACCCCUCAUCGCCGCUUAACACUCACCUCCCACGACAGCAGCCAGGUCUCCUUCAGCCAUCCCAGCACUCCAGCGUGACUUCCUUCAUCUUCCCAGGAAAGCAGCAGGGUUUAUUAUGCAAUCCAUCACCACCUCAGACGGUCAACUUUCUGCCUCCAGGGAUGCCCGCUAAUGCAGCACCCAGUCCAGUGCAACCCUCUGGGCCAUCACUCAGCAGGAAAAUGCCUUUCACUGCUACUCACUUGCCUGUCAGUUGCAAGGAGAGUGGCAGCAGCAAUCAGCGGCAUGUGGUGGUCAUGCGUCCCGCUGCCUUUUCACCUUCUGCCAGCUGCCUGGCCAGGUUGCAACACCUGGUACAGCUCUGUGCCAAGAGACAUCGGGAGCAUGAAGACCUCUUUCCUCAUCUAGGAUUGGACUGGUCUGAAGACAGUGCUGAUGACGAUGACGAAGAGGAGGCUGUGGCUUUUGUUCCUUUCCAGAGCUCUUGGAGACCACAGAAUGGGGUGGAAGAUGAUAGAGGUUCCUCACGGAGAACACGGCUACUCAGGCUUUGCUCAUACCUCCGUGAGAAAUACAAGCACAUGUGCCGGGAGGAGAGAGCGCGUAUCCGCCAAAAGAGAUAUCGCUAUGCCUUCCGGAAAGCCUUGCUGCAUGCUGCCAGUAACAACCCAGACUGUGCGGGGCAGCUGAUCCAGGAGUUACGUGGUGCCUCUCGAAGCUCCUCGAGUGAUUCUCCAGCAAGGCAGCUGAAGACAGAUCCAGGGACCUGCACUGGCAGCACAAAGGGCCAGGCCUGCAACAACAGAGCGCUGCCCUUCACUCGACACUGCUUUCAGCAUAUCCUGUUGAACCGUUCCCAGCAGCUCUUUGCGAGUUGCACAGCCAAAUUUGCUGAUGGUCAACAGUGUUCCAUCCCUGUGUUUGAUAUCACGCACCAGACACCACUCUGUGAAGAGCAUGCCAAAAAAAUGGAUAAUUUCCUGCGAGGGGACGGUAACAGACGAGUGCAGCACCAGCAGCAGCAACAGCGAAAGCCGCGCAAAAAGACCAAACCACCGGCACUCACCAAAAAACACAAAAAGAAGAGGAGAAGAGGGCCGCGGAGGCCGCAAAAACCCAUCCCCCCAGCGUUGCCGCAAGGGAACCUGGGAAUGCCUUCUACAAGCCUUGCCAUACCCUCACAGGCCAGCAUCAGGAGCCCUUCAACUCCAGACCUGAGCACAGAUGAGCUUCCUGACGAUAUCACAAAUGACAUGGCAGACAUUCCAAAUGAUCUAGAGCUAAACCAGGAGGAUUUCUCUGAUGUGUUGCCCAGACUACCUGAUGACCUGCAGGACUUUGACUUGUUUGAAGGUAAGAAUGGGGAGUUACUGCCCACCACAGAGGAGGCUGAGGAGCUGGUGCGUGCACUGCAGGCUAUGGGCUCCUACCCAGAUUCUCUGGUGUGCCUGACCUCCAUAGGAGACCUGGCACCCUCUGAAGGAGUGGACCACCGAGCUAUGACUGUGUUCCCGGGUCCAGUCCAGCCGGGUGGAAUGGGAGAUCUGCUGAACAGCCGCAUCCCCACUGAGAACUUCACCAGCCUAGAGCUGGAAGACAACCUACUGCAGUCCACUGGGGGUCAGUUCCCCCCCUCACCGCCAUCUCAGCCUGCUAACCAGCCCCCAACGUCAUGCUCUAACAUGACCUCAUCUUCUUCUACCGUAGCCCCCUCCACCACCUCUCUGCUCACUCAGACCUCCAUAACAGAGCGAACGUUUUCCCGGACACACACAUCACAUGUGCUCGCAAAGGCGGAUGCACCCACAUCGUCUCCUCAAGGCAGCCACUACAGCAGUGAGCAUGUGCCAUCCCCAUACAGCGACCACAUAUCAUCUCCCCAUGCCAGCUCCUUUCAGACGGACCCCCCUCUGCUGCUGGAAGUCCCAGGACCCCCACGCUCGUCAUGGAACAAUCUUCCUCUCCCCCUCACUGACCCCACGCAGUUUGGCAAUCUCAUAGGAUCAGAAAGUCAUCUCAUAUCCACCUCCCUGUCCACUCCGCCAGCCACAACCCACUCUGUGACGCUGCAGCCCAUGGCUGCACUCUCAGCAAUGCCUCAGAGCGGCAUGACGGGUCUAACGACUCCCACUGCCCCCACAUCCUCAUCACAUGAUCUCCUGACCUCCACGCAGCCCAAGCAGCAGCUCCCUCAGUUCAGUGCGGCCUUCGGCCAUCAAUUGGCCUCCCACAGUGGCAUCCCGAAAGACGUGCAGCCCAGCCACAGCUCCACAGCGCCCCCAGCUGGCUUUUCAAUAGUUAGUGCCACCGCUGCAAGUGCCAAAAGCGCCACGCCACCUUUCACGCAGAGUAAAUGAGAGCACGCGGCCUGCAGCGGCUGCAUUCUGGUGUGUGGACUCACAGUCACUUAGAACCCAGUCGACCCUCCCCUCUCUAUCUGCUACAUGUGUGCAAUGUGGUAAUAGUGCACUAUUUGAUUAUGAAUUUGCACAGACCUCAGAUUAUUCCUCAAUAUUUUAUGUUUCCCUUCUUUUACUCUGCAGCCACACGGUCUCUGGGAUUCUAAGUCAGUGCGAGUCCACUCGUUCGAUGCCUUGUGGUUUCCUCAGCAGGGGGUAACAGUGACACUCUGUGAUGAAGUGACCAGGGGAAAGUAGGUGGAAGGACCUUAACAGAGAUUAUGUGUCACACUCAGUGGUCACUUUGCCACUCAAAAGUCCCGUCUUUAAUGAUCCACUGUACCCUGCCUUGCUCAGAUGGCCAUUGCAUUUUUAUUUCUCCUCCCGUUCCUCACACUGCUUCUGUCAUCCUCUGGAAAAGACGAGUACUGGUUGUGAUCUUUGUGACCCAUUAUGUUUCAAGCUAUUUAACUGUUCAUCAUGAUAAAGACUCUUACUAAGUCAGAUUUCACAGUCAUAAGGAUUUACCAAAAUACUUUUAAACAGCUGUUUUUAUAUUGUGUAUUGUAUAUUGUGCUCAUUUAUUGGUUUGCUCAGAUGUCAAAAAUCUCUGACCUCCCCAUUGGUUGUGGGACUCUGAGUGGCCUAGUAGACACUUGAAGGUAAAUUUAGUUUCUUAAAGCAAUAAACACAUUAACAUAACUCUAGCUUCAUAAGGUAUUUUAUUGGUCUCGUGACAUGUAGCUUCAUUUACUGAAAAGGCUGGAUCAGGAAGAUAUUUUGGCCUCUAUGGGUGUUGUAAACGAUCGAUUUUACAACAGUUUCUCAGAAAUAGAGCCUCUAGAGAUCAACAAUCAGGUCAGCCGAACUUCCUCUCUCAAGUGGAUUUUAAAGGCUUACACACGAGUUUCAGUGUUAAUGUUUCAAGGUGAUGAAGGCGCAAUCCAGGGACUUUAAGUGUCUACUCGCAAAGGUGCUCUCUGGUCCACAUUUACAAUGGUCUUACAUGUCGUAGAAAGCAAGUCUAGCUUCAGGACUUAAAGGAAACUCACUAUAAAACUCCCACUGAAGGUGAAGUAGGGAUUUACUGUUUGUAUUUACUCAGUUAUAAAGUGAUUUUAAGAAACCUGGGCUCUGAUUUUAACUCAGAAAUGACAACUCUGUAUACUGAGAGCUCUUCCCCUGUCUGUUAACAGCUCACACAGCAGUACAACCAUGGCUUUUAAUAGAUAUAAGACAUUUGACUGAUUGUCAAACAUUGUUGAGUAUUAGCUAUAUAGAGUAGAAGUCUCUAUCUUGGGGUUUGUCGGUGGAUUAUUGAGUAGCAAUGGGUUGAAAUUGUUAUUUGCAAUGUAUUCAGUGGAACCUGUGUCUUGUAGAAUGAGUCUUGUUUUUUAAUGGCUAUCAAAAUGCUUGUUACGUUCUCUAUGAAGUCAGAGGGAUCAAUGUUUGUAUGCUGUGUAUGAUGUCAGUUUGUUUUUUAAUAUUCUCAUGGAGGAUAUUUUUGAUAGCUAUUAAACUCCAGGAAAAGUCUGAGAUUGCAUGGGGCAGCAUUAAUAAUAAUAAUAUCAAUAUAUGAUUAUGGUCACUGGCUUGGUGGUAUAAAUCAUAGGAAUGUAUGAACAUCAUCAUUUCAUUUUGUGAAGAGAAACAGUUCAGUAUGCUUUCCCAACAUAAAUUUGCACAGAAGCGGGUAGAGGCUGGUGGUGUUUCACAUGUCCCGUGUCUGUUCUGCCUUUUCUUUUUUUUUUGGCUUGGACGCUCAUUAAAUGAACAGCUGCCAUCAUUACCGGCCAUGAGCCUGCACCAGAACCCCCCCCCCCUUCAUUCCUCCCCCCCCCCCCGUGUCCAGCUGUGACGAGGCCCAGUUCUGUCUCUCCCUUCCAAAGAGAAAACACGUUCUGAAGUGUAAACCUGUAGCUCCACCAGAGAAGGCCGGGCCUCUCCGUUACCGCAGUGUUGCCACUAAUAAUCCUUGUGCCCCUUAAAUAAAAAAAAUGAAUGGAAAUGUUUGCAAGGCAUUACUGCUGUAUCCACAGAGCAUGAGAUUAGUCACCGCACCAGUUUCUUCUCCCGAAAAUCACGUAGAACAAAACGAAAACAGGGCUCGUAGGCACAUUAACUGCUUGACUUCAGAAAUGGCUGACAAAUUCCUAUACUCAUUGAAUGUACUGUAUUACUGUUUUUAAAGAUAGGAUGAGCUAAUCUAGUCACCUUUUGUUAUUGGUCCUUGUUUAAUUUGUCUAAGGUAUUUUUUGUAUACAAAGGUUUACAUUUUUAUGUAUAUUUUCUUGUGUACAAAUUAUGUAAUAUGUGUACAAACACUGUAUGUAAUAUCUGUAUAUAGUGUGAGAAAUUUGAUCUUUUGUUUUUGGAUGUAUAAAUAAAACUUGCUGUGAGGUAUUUGCUGA